AUGUCGGACCGUCGCAACUCGCACUUGUCUCCCAUGCCCCUGCCUUUCGCGAGCGGGCAGGUGUACGCUGAAGGGUUCUACGUUAAUUCUCCGCCAGUCGCUUUUUCGUCCAUGUUCGGUAGCGACGGCGCGCUGGACAACAUCGAUGGUAACAAUCUGGAUGCUAGUAACGCUCUAGAUGGUAACAAUGCUGCGACUGGUGCGUCGAGAUUCGCCAAGGAGUGCGAGGUUGGCGAGAGCGGGAAAUCGGCUGCUGUCAUGACCAUUGGGGAGGCUGGUAACGGGGACGAGGUGGAUCGUGACAAUAACGAGGGUCGGAUGGAGGUGGGGGGUCUGGAGAACAUUUGGACCGACGAAUCGGAUAAAAUUGCGAACGUGGAGGGGAGGUUCGAGGGAAGGCUGGAAGGCAGAUCGGAGGGGCGAUCGGAGGAGAGAUCGGAGGAGAGGGGGUUGGCGAGAGGGCGACGCGCGAGCGCGGGGAGAGAAAAGGAUAUAGGGGACGUGUACGGGCCGACAGCAGGGGCUGGAACGGGUUGUGAUUGGCCCACCUGGCCUGAAUACACUCCGGACGAAGCCAUUGGAGCUGACUGGGCGGAGCUGCUGAAGGUCGACGACGAGGUGGGUGGUCGGAGGCUUUUUGUGCUUCACGCCAUUCGAGUUCCGCGCCUGCUUGCUCCGCUCACUGGUUGCAACAUCCUGCUCUCUCUCCCCGCCGACGUUCACUUUCAGACUUGCCUUGUGGUGCUGCUGUCUGCCCAUGCCCGUUGA